AUGAGCAACUCUAUCAAGCAAUCGAUUGAAUCUACCAUUGAGAGUAUCGACAAGGAGCUUCGAGAUAUCAGUCUCAAGAUCCACGAAAAUCCAGAACUGGGCGACCAAGAGUUCAAUGCUUGUAAGAUCUUGAGCGAUUACAUGGAGGAGAAGGGGUUCCAGGUGACUCGUGAGGUGGCUGGACUCAAGACGUCCUUCUUGGCCAUAUUCAGCAACAAUGAAUCUGGCAGACGUGUUGGAUUUGCUAGUGAAUAUGAUGCAUUACCUGGCAUUGGACAUGCUUGCGGCCAUAAUCUGAUUGCCAUUCAAGGUGUCGCCUGUGCUGUCAGUAUGAAAGCAUUGAUGGAUAAUAAUUUAGUUCAGGGCACAGUUGUAUUAUUCGGUACACCCGCAGAAGAGAGUAGCAGUGGGAAAAUUAAUUUUGUCAAGGAAGGUCUUAUUAAGAAUAAUGUCGAUGUAGCUCUCAUGUUGCAUCCCAUGGCUCAAGAUAUGUUGUACGGUAGGCUAUUGGCCUUGGACAAUGUUAAAAUUGAAUAUUUCGGUAAACCUGCACACGCUAGUACGGCACCAUGGGAAGGCGUAAAUGCCCUGGACGCCAUGGUACAAGCAAUUACUAGCUUAGGCCUGAUGAGACAGCAAAUUUUACCCACUGACAGAGUGCAUGGCAUUAUUACCAAUGGUGGUGAAGCACCCAAUGUGAUCCCAUCUUACGUUUCUGCCUCUUACUACGUUCGUUCUCUCACCAAAAACCAACUGGAAUCCCUCAAAACUCGAGUAGAGCAAUGCUUCAAGGGAGCUGCAUAUGCUUCUGGAUGUGAAGUCAAGAUGAAAUGGCACGAUAUAGGAUCCAUCGAUGAUGUCUUUAUGAAUGACACCAUGGCAGCCAAUUUCAAGAGCUACAUGGAGAAGGAGGGCAUCACUUACAAGGACCGCACGGAAGAGGAGCAACUUGUCGUGGCAAGUACUGAUUUUGGCAAUGUCAGCUACACUGUGCCUAGCAUUCAUCCCAUGUACGCUAUUCAUACGGAUGCUGGUAACCAUACAAAGGAAUUUACAGACGCCUCCAAGACAGAGAUUGCCCACAAGGAUACGCUUCGUGCAUCUAAAUGUCUUGUAAUGACUGCAGCUGAUGUCUUGACGGACGAUAAUUUAUAUAAGCAAGUGGUUGCAGAUUUCAAAAAGGGAAAGCCUCAAUAA